AUGGCGGAAGAACAAAAGUUGACGAAGAAGCAGCUCAAGGCUCAACAGUUCAAGAAGAGCAAAGACGAAAGAGAACAAGAUAAAGAGGACAAGAAGAGGCAAAGAGAAGAGGAAGAGCAGAAGAAAGCCGAGGCUGAAGCUGCUCCCAAGAAGAAGAGAAAGACUAGAAGGGGUAAAGGUGGAAAAACGAAGAAGGGAAACAGAUUCAUUGUGUUUGUAGGAAACUUACCUCACGGAACAACCGCAUCGCAACUACAAGCCCACUUCAAGGCCAGCAGUCCAGACCACAUCAGAAUGAGACCAGAUAAGGGCAUUGCGUUCCUAGAGUUCGACGGUGAUAAGGACCAUGAAAAUAUCCAAAGAAGAAUGGACGUGGCUCUACUUCAACACAAGACCACGCUUGCUGACCGUAAGAUCAACGUCGAACUUACGGUUGGAGGCGGUGGUAACAGUGCUACACGUCUUGAAAAACUAAGAUCCAAGAACGAAAAGCUAGACCAAGAGCGUUCGCAACGUAUGACAAAGUUGAUCAGCGAUAGCAGGAGCAAGAAAACUGGUGCUGAUGCAGCUCAACAGGCCAAGACGCCUGCAAGCGACUCUACUAAAUCCUCGUCUGUUCCUCCUGGCAUCCAUCCGGACAGAGCAAGACUCAUCAAAUAG